UUAGCUCUGUCAAAACCUCUCUUUAAAUGUUUUCUUGGUGCCACACACACACACACACACACACACAAACACACAUACACUGGACUCUGUCAUCAGAAGUGCUGUCUGCAAUUUGUGAUAUCUGGAAAUGGAUGACAUUUAGAGGAACCAAAAUAACAGACUGAAGAAGAACCAGAACCAUGGACCAGAAUAUCAUAGAAAAGUUGGACGUCCACUUGGACUUUUAAGCAACCACCCAAAACAAUAUAGUAUUGCAUUUUGCACAGAAUACUGAAUCCAGUUCUAGAUACAGCAAUUUUUUUAAUUGGGAUUAUGGACCUUCAUAUUUCCCCUACUGCGUCAAGGAAGGAGCGAAUGGCUUGACACUGGAAUCUUAUGGCUUUGCGUUAGCAGGGCAAGGAGGUAGGACGCUUUGCUCAAACCUUCUGGACCAUCACGGUGGGGCUGGAAUAUAAUGAUGGGGCACUUAAGAAUUUCUUUAAUGUGUGCCUGGAUAAUCCCUUGUCCUAUUGGGAGAUGGAAGGACUUGGGAUCAUGUACUUAUUGAGCUACAUCAGGUAACUUUGUCGGCCAAGUCAGUGGGCUAAACCAGGCAAACUAGAACCCUUCCGCAGGGAUUUUUGCCACCAGCCCUGUCCUUCCAAUUCCCACUGAGAAGCGGAGGGCAAGAAGGAGGAGGGCAGUUAAGUAUGCUUCGGUGGUCCCAGGUCCUGUGGUUCUUUAGGCACUGACUUCUGUAGUCCCGAAUCUAAAGAUCCUGGAGGAGUUGACUUCAGUGGUCUCUAGUCCGGCUGUCCUGGAGGACCAGUCUCCAGUGGUCCCAAAUCUGGUGGUCCAGGAGGAGUCAACUCCUGUGGUCUCAAGUCCGGUGGUCCUGGUGACCCGGGUCUGGUGGUCUUGGAGGUUAUGACUCCAGUUGUCCCAAAUCCGGUCAUCCUGGAGGAGUUGACUCCGGUGGUCCCGAGUCUGGCGGUCAUGGAGGACUUGACUCUGGUGGUCUCAGACAUCAUUACAGAGCUGCCCAAUUUAACUGCUGCUGCCACAAUCAAGAUGGCUGUCUUUGCCUCUAGCCUCUGGGCUGUUCUGCGGGCAUGGGCUGCUUCAGAGUCCCCUCCAGAGCCUGGUCCAGUCCAGGAGCAUUCAGAGUCCACUCCAGAAUCUGCUCUAGUACAGGAGUCUUCAGAGUCCACUCCAGAAUCUGCUCUAGUACAGGAGUCUUCAGAGUCUACUCCAGAGCCUGCUUCAGUACGGGAGCAUUCAGAAUCCACUUCAGAAUCCGGUCCAGUCCAGGAGUCUUCAGAGUCCACUCCAGAGCAUGCUCCAGUCAGGGAGCAUUUACAGUCCACUCCAAAGUCUACUCCAGUCUGGGAGCCCUCAGAGUCCACUUUAGAGCCCGCUAUCGGCCCAGAAGCCAUCCCAGCGCCAACCAAGCUCCUUGGCCUGCCGCCUUUAUUAGCUUUAUCCUUGCCGUCAGCUCUGCCCUGCUGGCCCUGCCCUUGA